GCAGGGAGAGUUUUUCCAUUGCUAAUCAAGCAACGUUUAGCCGCCGGCCGGCAAGAAGCCAAGAAAGCAUGGGCAACAGCCUGCGGUGCUGCCUGGCCUGCGUCCUCCCCUGCGGCUCCUUCGACUUGAUCCGCAUCGUCCACCUCAACGGCCACAUCGAGGAGUACUCGCGCCCGGUCACCGCCGGCGAGGUCAUGGCGGCGCACCCCAGCCACGUGGUGAGCCGGCCGUGCUCCCAGGGCGGCGCGCGGCGGAUCCUCAUUGUCGACCCCGAUUCGGAGCUGGAGCGGGGGUGCUUCUACUUCCUGGUGCCGACCUCGUCGGUGCCGGAGAAGAAGAGGAAGCCGUCGUCGCAGCCACAACAGAAGAAGGUGCGGUCAUCGUCCACGUCGAAGCCGACGAGCGUGCCGAGCAGUGCGGGCGCCGGCGCCGGCGCUAAUAAGGUGACGAAAGACCGCGGCGCCGGCGACAGCUACCUGGCGGAGGUGCUGUCGGAGGGCAAGGCCAGGUGCAAGCGCAGCCGGAGCGUCCGCGCGACGGUGUGGCGGCCGCAUCUUCAGAUCAUCCCGGAAGAAGCUCUCGAGUGAAAUCUGCUGUGUUAGCUUGGUCCCUGUUGUACAUACGGGUCUGGUCUGGUUGUGCACGGUGUACCGUGCACGUACAAGGACGACCGAACGGCGCCGCGUAGCCAUGCGUGACGUGGUGGGCGGUGAUGGCCGUUGGGUCGUCCAGUUUUAGGUGAGAGGCCGGCGAUCGCCGCCGGCUGCCUCUCCCUUGGUAGUUUUUCUCACUCUCUCGGUGUUUUUCCAGCUCUUUUCACUGCCGGCCAGAUCGGGCUGCUUUGAAGGCAGUGAGAGUAGCUGGUUUGGGUUGCCCUCGAUGGCAGAGAGAACAGGAGAAGCAGAAAACAAGACUGCAAGAG